AUGUACAGGUUGAAGUAUUCGGCUAUGGUUACUUCUGCCGUGUUCAACCCCAGGCAUGUCCUUUCUCAGCAUAUUCUAUAUUUUCAAACAACUUGGAUUAAGUUUGGAGUUGCUUCUUCAAUCAAUUGCUUUAGGAAUGACAACCAAGUUCUGGUUUUACAACUUAAUUAUCCUCCAUGCCUUGAUGAACUCGAGCCACGGUCUCAGCGAAUAAUUACCAACGAUAUCCCAGGCGCUGUUGAAGAUGGCGUUUCUGCCAUAGCGUUUGAUCGCAGGGCAAACUACCUCAUAACCGGCACAAAUAAAGGAAAACUUGUUGUGUACAAUGCAAAGACUUUGAAAAUGGUGUCGUGGGGAAGACAGAACAGUGUUCAACAGGUUAAACAAAUAGUCAUUCCGAGAAGGGGAAAUUUCAUCAUAACAAAUUCUCAAGAUCGGAUUAUACGCACAUUUGAUUUGAAUGACAUACUGGACUGCCAAAAUGGUUCCACAAUUGAGCCGAAGCAUCGUGUCACCGACAUUGUCAACAAGGCUUCUUGGAAGGCUGUUUGUACAGAUAGUGAGGGUUAUUAUAUAUGUGGUGCUAGUACAAAAGCUCACUCGCUGUAUGUUUGGGAGCGAACUACUGGCACAUUAAUCAAGAUACUACAUGGAACUAAGGGAGAGUGUUUGAUGGAUGUCCAGUGGCAUCCUAUACGCCCUGUUAUACUUUCGGUGGCUAAUGGCAUAGUAUCUGUCUGGACACAGGCUCACGUCGAAAAUUGGUCUGCCUUCGCACCUGAGUUCACAGAACUUGAGGAAAAUGCUAAGUAUGAAGAGAAAGAGGGAGAAUUCGAUCUAGAAGAUGAAGACGCCGAAGUGGAUGAUAAAGCGAAUUCUCAGGAUUCCGACGAGGAGAUCAUCGACAUAGAGUCCUUGAAACCGAAUGAAAUACUUUGCAGUUCGGAUGAGGAAGACAACAUAAAUGCUUUGUUACCUGAUGUGACGCUCAAAACUGGUCCGCUUUGGUUCUUGCCAAUCACACCAGAAUGCGACUCCAACGAAACUUUACCGCUUCCUGGAGGACAAUUCACAGAUGGUCGUCGCGCUUCCAGUCAAAUUCUGAGCGCUCUUGAAGAAGAAAGCCGAAAAAGAGCCAUGUUUGAUGAUGGUGUGAAAGCUCCUAUGAAGGGACGAAAAUUGAAAUAG